CCUCCUGCUUAAAUACCUUCUCCUUCCUUCCCUUCCCUUCAUCUCCAUCCAUCAAAGCCUUCUUCUUCUUCUUCUUCUCUUCUCUUCUUGCUUUUCAUUUCCCACUCUUCGCUUCUUCCGAUGGCUUUGAAGAAGGCGGGCCGAUUGCCUCAAGCGGCGGUUUUGAAGCAGAUUCUUAAGAGAUGUUCCAGCUUGGGGAGAAAGCAGGGGAUGGGAGGAGGAGAGGAAGAGGAAGGGUUGCCUCUUGACGUCCCAAAGGGACACUUUGUAGUUUAUGUGGGUGAGAAAAGAAGCAGAUUCAUCGUUCCUAUUUCUUUUCUCACUCACCCUGAGUUCCAAACUCUGUUGCGAGCGGCCGAGGAGGAGUUCGGCUUUCACCAUGAUAUGGGCCUCACAAUCCCCUGUGAAGAAGUUGUCUUUCGUUCCCUUACUUCCAUGCUGAGCUGAUAAGCUUGAGCAAGUUCUGUGUUUUAAUGUCUCCGAGAUGGUUUUCUGUAGAGAGGAAAAGCCUAAUUUAUGAUUAGUUCUCUGUUUCUUCUCUGUAGUUCCCCUGUUUCGGUUAUCAGGACUUCUACCAUUUGUUUCAUUGAUUUGUAAACGGUUUGCAUUUGUAAAUUGCAGGUGGCGUGUGGUUUUUGCGCCCUGUGAGAUGUAAUACGGAAGUGAAAGAGUGGAAAAUGGUUCCUCUGUUACUAUUUCUCAGCCUCUGCUUUUUUUAGUUUUAUUAGAUGAUAACGUUUGAAAUUGUGAAGGCGUGUAAGAGUAUUUUGUUUUAAUCUAAUAUUGGCUAAUUUAAAAUUUAUGAA